AUGACGAGCUCCGUCACGCCAGUCCUCAGCGGCAUGGAAGAGGAUCUGCUGUGUCGCCCACGGCAUUGCAGGACAGGCGACUAUGCGCCGCCAGAAGCAAUGAUGGCAUCUGUGGACACAACGCUCCCUCUUCAGUUGCUGCUGUUCUCCUUCAUCAACUCAUCCUCGUCGGCCAGCCACGGCGGGGUAAGCAAGAUCAGCUCCAAGGCCGUCUCGUACUCACUCCUUGCACAGGACGCUGCAGGGGACGAAAGCGCGGCUGCGGCUGCGCGGCCGCCGACUGCCUCCGACCUGAACGAUUGUCUCUGGCCCGUGGACGCGGCCUUUGCCACGAGGGAGGACGCUGUCAAGGCAGACGUAUGCCGCUGUAUAGCGCUACACUUCGAGCGCUCUCUCACCGGCAUCGGCCUUGUCGAAUCCUUGGGGGGCCGUCUCCGCUGGGCCCACGUAGCGUCAGACCGCGACGGCGGCAGCGAGCGCCUUGGUGUGGCUCUCACCCUCGAUGUCUUUCGGUGUUGGAAGCAGGUGGUCGUACCACUGCUGCAGCGAAUCAGCGACCGUGCAUCUCGAGGCUGGCCCGCCGGCGCCGCCACCGUCGAUGCACUGUUCGACUGCCUGGUGAAGGGGCCCGCGGCGGCGGCGGCGCCGAGCUCGGACGCUUCCUCGCCCUCGGCAUCCGCACUCACGUGCGAGGAGGCGGCCUACUGGUGCUUCGCGCUGCUUCGCGGGUACUGUCAAGACUUUCCCGAGACGGUGUGGGCCUCAAUACUGCGCGCUGCACAGGAUGCAGCAGUGCAACAGUGGAGCAGCAGUGCAGUGGGCCUUCCACCGCUACCGGGUGAAGCACUUCUGGUGCGCAGCUUCAUUGCCCACCUGUCGUGCUCAGAAGUUGACGCUGCCUGCGCCACGUCGGCCACUGCGCUGGAGCAGCCGAAAUACGACGACAUCGUCGUCGCUCACAUGUCUGCCGCCGUUGCAGCAGCGCGAGCUCGUGCCGAAUCGUGGGUCUGGGACGAGAUAGAGCUCCUUCAGCGGACGUCUGCAGAUGCGACGGUGUUGGACUCGUCACUGUCGGCACUGCUGCGUGCCGAUGGGUACUGGGCUGUGCUGAUGCAGCCGUACACAGCCAUGUUUGCUCAGUACUACAUGUAA